AGAAGCCCGUCGGAGGAUGAGGGGCCGUGUCUAGGAAGAAGACGCACAUCUGGGAAGGAUGGUGGCCGUAGGUGACAGGACGAGGCCCCAGCUGGACGCAUCUGGGGAGGAGGGGGGCCACAAAUGAACUACUGGUGACACUUUUGAGAAUUGGCCACAAGUGGACGGGGCACGCACCUGUGGGCGAAGAGUCCAUAACCGGAUGUGGGGAGCACACCUGGAGAUGGGAGCAUCUCUGGGAAGCAGAGGCCCACAGCUGGAUGGCAUGUGGGGGUCAUAUUUGAGGGACCAGCACCAGCUGUAAUACUGGAGACUCAUCCGGGCAGGGAGCCACAGGCGCCCCAGGAUGGAGAGUCCGGAGCCCCCACCCUGCGCGGCUGCGGGGCAGGAGGAGCAGGAGCUGCGGGAGCGGGCUUUUUUCUCGUGGGCGGAGUUCAGUCGCUUCUUCGACGCGUGGUGCCAGCAGCGCCGGGCCCUCUUCUUCGUCAAGAGCUCCAUGCACCUGGCGCGCUGCCGGUGGGCCAGCGCGCCCCCGCUCUACACGCUCAUCGACGUGCUCAAGUACAGCUACGUGCGGCUCGUGUGCAAGGACGUGCGCGCGCCCAGGCGGCCCGCAGUGGGGCCCCCCCGGCCCGGCUGCCCGGCCUUCAUCAUCGUCAAGCUGAGCCCGCUGCGGGACCGCCUGGUGGUGACGGAGUGCCAGCUCACCCACUCGCACCCGGCCUGCCCGCUCGAGUUCGCCUACUACUUCCGCCCGGGCCACCUGCUGGCCAACGCCUGCCUGCCCGUGCGCACCACCAACAGGAUCUCCAAGCAGUUCGUGGCCCCCGCCGACGUCCGCCGCCUGCUCGCCUACUGCAAGGGCCGCGACCACGGCGUCCUGGACGCGCUCCACGUGCUGGAGGGGCUCUUCCGCACCGACCCCGAGGCCAAGGUGAAGCUGGUGUUCGUGGAAGACCAAGCCGUGGUGGAGACCGUGUUCUUCCUGACGUCGCGCACAAGGGCGCUGCUGCGGCGCUUCCCGCGCAUGCUGCUGGUGGACCGGUUGCCGGGGCUGCAGGGCACUCUAGAUCUGCUGGCGGUGCUGUGCGUGGACGGCGCGGGCCGCGCGCGCCAGGCCGCCUGCUGCGUGGCGCGCCCGGGCACACCGAGCCUGCUGCGCUUCGCGCUCGCCUCGCUGCUGCAGAGCGCGCCCGACGUCAAGGGCCGCGUGCGCUGCCUCACGGCCGGGCCCGAGGUGGCCGCGCAGCUGCCCGCCGUGCGUCAGCUGCUGCCGGGCGCGCGGGUGCAGAUCUGCCGCGCGCAGGGCCUGGAGACGCUCUUCAGCAAAGCGCAGGAGCUGGGCGGCGCUGGGCGCGAGGACCCGGGCCUGUGGCCGCGCCUCUGCCGCCUGGCCGGCGCGUCCUCGCCCGCCGCCUACGCCGAGGCACUGGCCGAGCUGCGCGUCCACGGCCCGGCCGCCUUCGUUGACUAUUUCGAGCGCAACUGGGCGCCGCGCCGCGACAUGUGGGUGCGCUUCCGCGCCUUCGAGGCGGCGCGCGACCUGGACGCGUGCGCCUUGGUGCGCGGCCACCGCCGGCGCCUUCUGCGCCGCCUCAGCCCCUCGCGCAGCGUGGCGCAGUGUCUGCGCGACCUGGUGGCCAUGCAGUGGGCCGACGCGGCCGGGGAGGCGGCGCCCGAGGGCCCCGACGGCAGGGGGCAGCGGCUGGAGGGCGAACCAGGGUGUGGGCCCCAGAUGGUAAAGGAGAGGAUGGAGGCCCUAGAGACUGGGGACUGGGGAGGGACACUAAAAGAAGAAAAUAUUUGGAGGGGGGCCCAGUUGGAGAAAGAGUGGGCAAGAGGAUUGGAGACUAGAGACCGGGGAGGGGCUCGGUUCGAAAGCGAGAAGGGGAAGGGAUUGCAGAUCAGAGAUCGGAGGGUCGUCCAGUUGGAGAACCAGAAGGUGAGGGGGCUGGAAGGGAGUGUCUGGAGAGAGUCCCAGUUGGAGAAUGAGCACAUGAGGGGGCCAGAAAUCAGAGAUUGGAGGGGGCCCCAGGUGGAGGUUGAGCAGGACUGGGGGCGGGAAGUUUAUGUCUGGAGGGGGGCCCAGGUGGAGGACCCGGGAGUAAGAGGACUGGAAGGGUACGCCUGGAGGGUGACUCACUUCCAAGACCGAAGGAUUAGGGUGCUGGAGACCACAGACCAGAGGGGCCAGUAUGAGUAUGAGGGGGCCCAGGAUCUAGAAGAGGGCACCUGGAGAAGGGCCCAGUUGCAGGACGAAAGGGGAAGCAGAUUGAAAUCCCAAGGCUGGAAGGGACCCCAGUUGGAAGGGGAGAAGGGGAGGGCGCUGGAGGUCAGAAACUGGAGGGGCAACCAUUUGGAAAAGGCCCAGGAGAUGGUCCCUGAGAAUGGAGACCAAAGGGGGGCUCAAGAGGGAGAUGAGAAGAGGAGGGGAACAGAGGUUGGCAAAGAGAGGGGACUGAGGUUGGGGGUCAAAAGAAGAAGGGGCCUAGAAGAUAUAGUGGUCCAGCUGGGGGACACGAGGGUUCCAGGCCUGGAGAAUGGAGAUGAAGGGGGACUCCAGUCUGUGGGCCCCAAGAGCAGAGCAGGACAAGGGGUGGAGUGGGGGGACCUAGGAGGGAGGUAUCCAGGGCUGGGGAAUGGAGUCCUGUGUGACACCCCCAUGGGGGCUGUGUUUGAGGGGGACCGAGAAUGGGCAGUGACAAGGAGGGUACACAUGGCCACAGGGGACAGCCUGCAGAAAGGAGGUGAAGGAGAAGGACCAAAGGAACCAAAGAGGCCUUGCCACCCCCCAGGGGACAGGGAGUUGGACUGGGAGCCCCUGGCCAAGUUCCGAGCAGCCUGUGGGCCCGAGCUGGCAGACCUGGUGGCCGAGGAGCUGACCUUUGCCAGGCAGCAUGGGACCCGGGGUUUCCACUGGACUGGAGCUGGCUUUGCCCUUAAGGAUGGCACCUCAGACUUCUUCCUGGACGGUGCCCUGACACACUGCAGCUGCUCCAUCCACGCCGCCCGGCAUCUGCCCUGCCGCCACCUCUUUGCAGCCCGCCUCCUCACCGGGGCAGCCUUAUUCCACAUGGACCUGCUCAGGGAUUGCUGGGGGAGAGCCCCAGAGCCCUGACCCUUCCAGCCCCUGCCCGCCACCCUCCCCUGUGAGGGUGAGAGCAUCCUGCGAUUCCAAAGAUAACAGGGCUGAGGCCCAGGGGUCUCCCCCAGGCCCUCUGGCCACCUCCUGGGUCACCCAGGGACCUGGUCUUGGCAGUUGGUCUCUCGGGGUCAGAGGGGAAGCUGACAGUGGUCUCAGGUCCUGAAGCCUCGGCUGCGGGAAGGUGACGCUGGCCAGGGUGACUCCUGAGGGAAUGUGUGCCAAGAGGUGUAGACAGGGUCGGCUGGGGCAGAAGGC